AUGGCGGCGCCCGUGGGGCUCUCCCGGCGUUUGGGGCUGCACUGGCGGGCGUUGCACCGGAGGUUGCCGCCGUUGCGGGCGGAGAGCGCUGGCGCGGCCCCCGCCGGCGUAAGGAGCCGCUUGUACGAGCACGUGCGGGGCGGGUGGUCGGCGCGGCCGCAACUGGCGGUCGGGGCGCUGAAGGCGCAGCUGGCCGAGGCGGAGCGGGAGCUGGAGACGCGCAAAGGGCUGCUCGGCCCGCGGGAUCUGCGCGAGAUUGUGGCAACUUGGCAGAGAUUGGUUGAAGUGCAAGAGGAGAUCGCAAAAGUCAAUGCUGAGAAAGAGAAAAUUGCUGAAGACGUGCGGAAUCUUGUGAAAACACAAGACAGUAGUACUUUGGCAUCGCUCCCUCUUUACAAUGCUUUGCGGAGCCAGGGAAGGGAACUCCGCUUUCGUCUCAGUGUGUUACGCCAGGAGGAGAUGGAGUUGGAUGAAAAAUACUACCUGCGUGCCCUCAAACUGCCCAACAGGACCCAUCCUGAAGUGCCGCUCGGAGAUGAGAGCCAAGCACGGGUGAUGGAGGUUGUUGGAGAAAAACCAGCCUUUGACUUCCAGGUGAAAGGGCAUCUGGAACUCGGAGAAGAGCUCGAUAUCAUACGGCAAAGGCGUUUGUCACACAUCUCGGGCUACCGGUCCUACUACCUCCGCGGGGCAGGAGCCAGGCUUCAGCAAGCUCUGGAGCAGUUCGCUCUCAACAAGCUGAUGAAAAAGGGCUUCAUCCCGAUGACUGUUCCAGACAUGCUUAAAGGAGCUGUGUUUGAAGGCUGCGGCAUGCUUCCCGACGACGGCCCCUCCAAGGUGUACAACAUAGACCCUUCCCGCUUUGAAGACCUGAGUCUGGCCGGCACCUCCGAGGUCGGAAUUGCAGGGUAUUUCAUGGAUCACGCAGUGGACCUAAAAGACACGCCGGUCAGGACGGUGUGUUCUAGCACGUGCUACAGAGUUGAAACGGAUACCGGCAAGGAGCCGUGGGGACUGUACAGAGUGCACCAGUUCACCAAGGUAGAAAUGUUUGGCGUUACCGCCAACGAGACCGGGUUGGAGAGUACGGCCUUGCUGGAGGAGUUUCUGGCUGUACAGAAGGAGAUCUUCUCUGAGCUGGGGCUGCACUACAAGGUUCUGGAUAUGCCCACGCAGGAGCUGGGCCUCCCUGCCUACCGGAAAUUCGACAUUGAGGCCUGGAUGCCCGGCCGGGGCAAGUACGGAGAGAUCUCCAGUGCCUCCAACUGCACAGACUACCAGAGCCGGCGGUUGAAUAUCAUGUACUACAACCAGGAAGGGCGGCUGUCCUAUGCACAUACGGUCAAUGGCACCGCCUGUGCCAUCCCCCGGAUGCUCAUCGCCCUCAUAGAGUCCAACCAGUGCAAGGACGGCAGCAUUCGAGUGCCAGAAGCCCUCCAGCCCCUGAUGGGCGCAGAGAAGAUCGGCAAGCCCAGCUACGCGCCAUUGAAAUACAUCGGCCCGAACCAGCCCAGAAAACACUGAGCCGGCAGCCGCAGGGGAAAAUCCGAGACGAUGCAGCAGUGGAGAAACCCAGACAAGGGAUGGACGGGCCCCUAGGCGCAAGGGCCCGGCUGCUGCUAUGUGUCGCUCAUGGGGGUCUGGCUGGCUUUGGAAGCAGGGCUUGGAUACUGCAGGGAGGCAACCUUUAGCCCCACCACAUGGGACCUGUAGUUGGGAAGGGCUCUCGCUGCUUCUUUGUACCUGGCAAGACGCAGCUAAGAAUAUCGGGCACCCUUUCCAAGAUUAUCUCUGUGGGAUCCAGCAUUUCCAGGAGGGCUGUGUCCCGGCGCCUUGUAGAACCCCUGAGGCACGACGUGGGAUUUGGGGACAGGGUGUGGGUGCUCUGUUUCACCGUCCCGCUGAUCCAGCUCUCGAUUAGACGGAGUCUGCCUUCUCUCUUUCACAAUCUCCUCUUUUGUCUUAGCCACCUGCUCCGCUCUGAGUGGGGGUGGGGAGAUUUUGCCUUCCAGACCGUGUAAGGUUAUACUUCUUAACUGGUCAGGACCGUUGACGAAACGGAGAAGACGGUUGUUUGUUCACACAAUAAAGGUCACAAAUGCCAAA